AUGGACGGAAACCUGGCCUUCACCGGAGCCCCCAGGCGCAAAAACGGCCGUCCACAGGCCUGCGAGCCCUGUCGAAGACGAAAAGUCGCCUGCGAUCACCGCGUUCCCGUAUGCUCCCGAUGUCGCCGCGGAGGAGUAUCAGACAAGUGCGUCUAUCUGACUCAGCCAGGCCAGCAGAAUAACCACAUCAACUCGUCGAGAUCAGCCGCCGUCCCGUCUUUGAGGCCGCAGGCUACAAACGCCUCUCCCGUCUCCAUAUCAGUCCCCGUUAGUAGAUCACCACAAGCAACUCUAGAGAGCAAUGUUGGGUAUCUCGGCGCGACGAGUUUCUCGGCAUUCUAUGAAGAAGCGCAAAACAGCUUGUCAGUGACGGAAAAGUGCGAGUCAGAGUCGGACAUGAUGCCGCUCAAGACCGCAGAUGUUGUCCCGCGCCUGGACGAGCUUGCUCUCGGCGCCCUGCGACACAUUCCCGACAAGGCUUCGUCUCAGCUGUUGACAAGGCUCUAUACAAGCUUUUACGGCGGCUGGAAUACACUCUCGGGGCGGUGGCUGAACGAUUCUCUGUGGGCGGCGUUUGGGACGACUCUGGAUCGUGUGGUGCGAGACGAGGAGCUGCUCCGGCGUAUGUCGUUUAAACUGUGUCGGAACAGUGCGGUACCUCUUGGGGAGUCUCAUACAGAUCCGCAAAAGUGGUUUGCCGAGUUUUCAGGGUCAAAUUUGCGGUGGGAGUCUCUUGGCCUGCUCUACGUCUUUUGGGCUGGCGGUGCUCGAAGACUUCCUGAGAUGACUGUCAUAUCCAGCGACUGCGAGGUGCUGCACAAUACUCACGCAAGUCAUCUCGUGAAGCAGUACAAGAUGGCCGCGUGGAAGUGCAUAGAGCUCAGUCGCGAUGCGGCUAACAGUAACACCAUGUUGGCAUUUCUUAUUUUGGGUCACAGCUUGUUGGAAUCGAACGAGUCUGGGGAUGCAGGCAUGCAGUACUGGAGGACGCACGGCGAUCUCAUGGCCAUGACAACCUAUCUCGGCCUCCACGUCUCUCCAAACGCCAACCCAAAGGACUUUUCCGUCACCACGCAAACCAAGCGCCAGCUAUUUGCCGCCAUCUUCACACAUGACAAAGUCACGGCCACGUUCACCGGACGACCGGCCUUUCUCAGUAGAAGAUUCUCCUCAACGCCACUUCCUUUGGACAUGAGUGAAGAGUUGUUACUAUCCAAUCCUCCCCUGGCUGACUACACAGAUUGCCGUGUGGAUGAGAAUGGAUGGAGCACCGAUGGCAAAAUUUAUUUGUCGACAACGUUGCGUGCAAGAGCCAUGCUGUCGUAUGUAAGAGAUGAGAUUCUGGAGAUUGCAUUGCAGAGCAUGGAUUUUGGGGGCAAGACGGCACUUUUGAAUUUGAAGAAGAGAGAAAUGCAAAUCGUUGCCGAAUUCCCGCCCUGCAUACUCUAUUCGCACAACGACCUCAACAACCCAGACGUCUCAGGCAAGGACCUGUACGCAAGACUUCUCAUCUGGCUCGAGCACCUACAGAACCUCUUCUUCAUCGAGCGUCUCCUCAGCAAAGAAGAUGGCGAAGAAGCAGGGUCCCGGCUCUUUGAAAUCAGCCUCGAAAUGGUAACGCUGGCCCACCUAUUCUGGACGCACCAGAACCGGCUCAAGACGGUAGAAGACUGCGUCGAAUGGACAACAGCCUCGUUCGCAGCCCCGGCAGGCGGGAUCCUGUGCAUGGAGCUGCUCCGGGGCAAGGCGCACGGCACGAUGAGCGCCGCAGCCACAAAGGCCAUCAUCGUGGAGAAGCUCGGGAUGCUGGCGGCGUUUCUGGACUGGGUGAUGCCGUCGUCGCCAAACGCCGACAUUUGCUUCCGCAUCAAAAAGGUUGUGAGGCGGGUGCUGGAGCAGGCGCUGGAGGCGCCGGUGCAGACAAACAUGCUGGACGAGGGCGGGCAUUGGAAUAUGGACUUGUCGCCGGAUAUGAAUUCGUUUUUCAGUUUUGAUUUGUUAGAUACGUUUGAGUGGCUGCGGCCGGAGGGAGGUGGAAGCGUGUAA